AUGCCUGAGGGCUCUGAAACGGAUGCGAGCGCCAAGGGCGGCUCAGUCUUUGGAUGGGAGGAUAGGCAGGGGUCCUGUUCUCCAAACCAACCCAUCGCGGAGGGGCUGGUGGAACGUAGAGACCGUGGCGAUCGCAACGACUAUAGCUGCAGCCUGACACCGCAGUGGAGGGAGGUGAUGAAUAUGCCGCAGAGUUAUGGCGUGUAUGUGGACGAGGGAAAGGUGGCACCGGUGAAAAAGCUUGCCAGUCAGAGUGACAGCACGCAUGGCAGCAGCGACUACGGCAGCCGCAAUCCUCUGUUCAGCGCCGAGGAGGAGGUUAAGGGGACGGUGGUGCGCAAAAGUGUGAGCCCUAUAGAAAUUUUUCGCUACGCCGACACGGCCGACCGUGUGCUCAUGAUCAUUGGCACCAUCUUUGCAGUCUGCAGCGGUGCCGGCAUGCCCUUGUUCUCUUUUAUAUUUGGCCGUAUCGCAACAGAUCUCAUGUCUGGCGUGGGCAGUGUAGAGCUCAACGCGGCGAAGACGUCGUUGAUCAUGGUGUACGUCGGUAUCGGCAUGUUCGUGGCCUGCGGUGGUCACGUGUUAUGUUGGACAGUGGCAGCGUCUCGUCAGGAAGGGCGCAUCCGUCUGAACUUCUUUCGCGCUGUGCUGCGCCAGGACAUUGGGUGGCACGACGAGCACAGCCCUGGCGAGCUGACCGCUCGCAUGACGGGCGACACGCGUGUGAUCCACAAUGGCAUUAAUGACAAGCUGUCGCAGGGUAUCAUGAAUGGCGCCAUGGGUAUCAUCGGUUACAUCGCUGGCUUCGUGUUUUCGUGGGAGUUGACGCUUGUGAUGGUCGGCAUGAUGCCCUUCAUUAUUGUCAUGGCUGCCAUAAUCGGCAACAUCGUGUCCAAGAUGACAGAGUCGUCGCGCAAGCACUUUGCGAAGGCCGGAUCUAUGGCGACGGAGGUGAUGGAGAACAUCCGCACGGUGCAGGUGUUUGGCCGGGAGGACUACGAGUUGCAGCGGUUUGCUGAAGCGGUCCUGUACGCCCAGGAGCGUGGUAUCCGCAAAGAGUUUGCGGGCAGCCUUUCUGCGGCGGUGGUAAUGGCCCUCGUGUAUCUCAGCUACACCGUCGCCUUUUUCUUCGGCUCCUACUUAGUCGAAUGGGGUCGCCGCGACAUGGCGGAUAUUAUUUCUACCUUUCUGGCCGUGCUGAUGGGUAGCUUUGGCCUCGGGUUCGUGGCACCCAGUGCGACUGCGUUCACCGAGUCCCGUGCUGCCGCGUACGAGAUCUUCAAGACGAUUGAGCGUGUACCACCGGUAGACAUCGACGCUGGCGGCGUGCCUGUAACGGGCUUCAGGCAGAGCAUCGAGUUCCACAACGUGCGCUUCUCGUACCCGACUCGCCCGGACAUGAUACUGUUCCGCGACCUGAACCUGACGAUCAAGCGCGGGCAGAAGGUUGCGUUCUCUGGGUCGUCUGGGUGCGGCAAGUCGUCGAUGAUCGGGCUGAUCCAGCGCUUCUACGACCCUGUUGGUGGCGCCGUGCUGUGCGACGGUGUGGAUAUGCGCGAGCUGUGCCUGCACGACUGGCGCGACCAGAUUGGGAUUGUAUCGCAGGAGCCCAACCUGUUCGCGGGGACGAUGAUGGAGAACGUGCGCGUGGGAAAGCCGAACGCGACGGAGGAGGAGGUGAUUGAGGCCUGCAGGCAGGCGAAUGUCCACGACACCAUCAUGAGUCUGCCAGACCAGUACAACACGCCCGUAGGUGCUGUAGGCUCGCAGCUAUCGGGCGGGCAGAAGCAGCGAAUCGCGAUCGCGCGCGCACUCGUGAAGCGGCCGCCGAUCCUGCUGCUGGACGAGGCGACGAGCGCGCUGGACCGGAAGUCUGAGAUGGAGGUACAGCGCUCACUGGACCAGCUGAUGCAGAAGGGCGGGAUGACCGUGAUCGUGAUCGCGCACCGGCUCGAGACGAUCCGCAACGUGGAUUGCAUCUACUACAUGAAGUACGACGGCGAGGAGGGGAGCAAGAUCACGGAGAGCGGGACGUUUGACGAGCUGAUGGCGCUUGGUGGAGAGUUCGCUGCCAUGGCGAGGAUCCAGGGCGUGUCUGCUGGUGACGCGAGGAGCGGCACAAAAGGGCAGGAUGACAGCAAGGCCAAUGACCUCCUGAAUGUGAUACUGGACGAGGCGACUCUUGCGCAACUGGACGAGGAGGCGCCGCGCACGGCGCGUCAGAAGGUGCCAAUCGAGGAGCUCGCGAAGUGGGAAGUGAAUGGCGUGAACGUUGGCUUCCGGCGGUUGAUGGGAAUGAAUAAAGAUAAAUUGUGGGCUGUGGCGCUGGGUAUUCUCGGCUCGGCGGUGGGUGGCGCCGCUCGACCUACGAGCUCAAUCUUGAUGGGCUACAUGCUGCGUGUGCUUGGCGAGUACAGCUUUAACAAGAAUGUUGAACAACUACGCAGCGGAACCAACCUGUACGCCCCGCUGUUUAUUGUCUUCGCGGUUGGGAACUUCUUGGGCUGGGUUCUGCACGGCUUUUACGGCUACGCGGGUGAGCACCUGACAACAAAGAUCCGCUUGUUGCUGUUCCGUCAGAUCAUGCGCCAGGACAUGAACUUCUUUGACAUUCCCGGGCGUGAUGCUGGGUCCUUGGCUGGGAUGCUGUCCGGCGACUGCGAGGCCGUGCAUCAGCUGUGGGGCCCGUCGAUUGGCCUGAAAGUGCAGAUGGUGUGCAUUAUUGCUGCUGGAGUUGUGGUGAGCUUCAUCUACCAGUGGAAGCUGGCGCUUGUGGCGCUGGCUUGCAUGCCGUUGCUCAUUGGCUGCAGCCUUGCGGAGCGUAUGAUGAUGAACAGGUAUACAAAGAGCAAGGAGGGCGACACAAGCGACACGAUUGUGACGGAGGCGCUGUCGAGCGUGCGCACGGUGACGUCGUUCAACAUGAAGGCGGAUCGCGUGGAGGCCUUCGAGGCAACGCUGCGAGUGGAGACGCCGCACGGUGUAAAGAAGGGCAUCAUUGCCGGCAGCAUCAAUGGCGCCAGACAGUUUAUUCAUUACGGCGCCUUCGCACUGUGCUUCUGGUACGGUAGCAAACUGAUUGACAGGGGCGAGGCGCAGUUCACGGAUGUCAUGAUCGCGAGCAUGUCGAUCCUGUUCGGUGCGCAGAGCACCGGUGAUGCUGGUGCGUUCGCGACAAAACUGGCGGAGGCGGAGCGCUCUGCGAAGCGUGUGUUCAGCGUGAUCGACCGCGUGCCUGACCUGGACAUCGAGCAGUCCGGCGACAAGGAUCUGGGCAAGGGCUGUGACGUUGACUUCCGAAAGGUGCAGUUCAUCUACUCUGCGCGACCGAAGCAGGCUGUGCUUGCGUCCGUGAACCUGCGGUUUGGCGACGGAACGACCAACGGGCUGAUAGGGCAGACGGGGUGCGGAAAGUCGACGAUCAUCCAGAUGCUUGCCCGCUUCUACGAUCGGCGCUCUGGGCUGAUCUGCGUGAACGGGAAGGACCUGUCGUCACUAGACAUCGCGGAGUGGCGGCGCAACAUCAGUGUUGUGCUCCAGGAGCCGGAUCUGUUCAGCGGGACUGUGCGGGAAAACAUCCGGUACGCGCGCGAGGACGCGACGGACGAGGAGGUGGAGGAGGCUGCGCGGCUCGCGCACAUCCACCAGGAGAUCAUGAAGUGGCCAGGUGGCUACAACACGGAGGUGGGGUAUAAAGGCAGCGCGCUGUCUGGCGGUCAGAAGCAGCGCGUUGCGAUUGCGCGCGGGCUGCUGCGGCGACCGAAGCUGCUGCUGCUGGACGAGGCGACGAGCGCGCUGGACAAUGUGACGGAGGCGAAGGUGCAAGAUGGCAUCAAUGCGUACCAGGCGAAAUACGGGGUCACGUCGGUGAGCAUUGCGCACCGUUUGACAACGAUCCGCCACUGCGACCAGAUCAUCCUGCUAGACGCUGGGCACAUCAUCGAGCAGGGCAGCCACGAGGAGCUGAUGGCGCUUGGCGGGGAGUACAUGAUGCGCUACAACCUGUACACGGGCGCGAGCUCGUGA